AUGGAGUCUCUUCUCUCUAGUUCUUCUCUUCUUUCCGCUGCUGGUGGUGGACUUUGCUGGAGGAAGCAGAACCUAAAGCUUCACUCUUUAUCAGAAAUCCGUUGUAAUUCGAGGAAAGUUGUAGCAAAACCGAAGUUUAGGAACAAUCUUGUUAGGCUUAAUGAUGGUCAAGAAUCCUCAUUUCUGUUGUAUCCGAAACAUAAGACGAGAUUCCGAGUUAAUGCCACAACGAGUCAGCCCGAGGCAUUCGAACCAAACAGCAAACGAAACACUCUUAGAGACUCGAUAGAUGCGUUUUACAGGUUUUCAAGGCCUCACACAGUUAUAGGCACAGUGCUUAGCAUUUUAUCUGUAUCUUUCUUAGCAGUAGAGAAGAUUUCUGAUAUUUCACCAUUACUCUUCACUGGCAUCUUGGAGGCUGUUGUUGCAGCUCUCAUGAUGAACAUAUACAUAGUUGGGCUAAAUCAGUUGUCUGAUGUUGAAAUAGAUAAGGUUAAUAAGCCCUAUCUUCCCUUAGCUUCAGGGGAAUAUUCUGUUAAAACCGGCAUUGCGAUUGUAGCUUCCUUCUCCAUCAUGAGUUUCUGGCUUGGAUGGAUUGUUGGUUCUUGGCCACUAUUCUGGGCUCUUUUCGUCAGUUUCAUUCUUGGUACUGCAUAUUCUAUCAAUUUGCCACUUUUAAGGUGGAAGAGAUUUGCAUUGGUUGCAGCAAUGUGUAUCCUCGCUGUUCGAGCUAUUAUUGUUCAAAUAGCCUUUUUCCUACAUAUUCAGACUCAUGUGUUUGGAAGGCCAGUCUUGUUCACGAGGCCUCUUAUUUUCGCCACUGCGUUUAUGAGCUUUUUCUCUGUCGUUAUUGCAUUGUUUAAGGAUAUACCUGAUAUUGAAGGUGAUAAGAUCUUCGGAAUCCGAUCUUUCUCUGUAACUUUGGGUCAGAAACGGGUGUUUUGGACAUGUGUUUCACUGCUUCAAACGGCUUACGCGGUUGCGAUUCUGGUUGGAGCUACGUCUCCUUUCAUAUGGAGCAAAGUCAUCUCGGUUGUGGGUCAUGUUGUUCUUGCAACAACCUUGUGGACUCGAGCAAAGUCUGUUGAUCUUAGUAGCAAAAGUGAAAUAACUUCAUGCUAUAUGUUCAUUUGGAAGCUGUUUUAUGCAGAGUACUUGCUCUUGCCUUUUUUGAAGUGA